GUCAUCUCUACCUUCUGCCCCCUCUGUCCCUUUACACUCGCCCAAUAUGGGCGGCGACCUCAACGCCAAGAAGUCGUGGCAUCCGCUGCUCCGUGUCAACCAAGAGAAGGUCUGGAAGCAAGAAAAGGCCGCCUAUGAGGAGCGCAAGAAGCUCGAUGAGCUCCGUCGGGAACGAGACCAAGAGCGCGAGAUGCAAGAGCUGCAGCGUCUCCAAGAGGAAGCCGGGGGAAAGAAGAGGGAGGACAGGGUCGAUUGGCUCUAUGCUGCUCCUAGUGGGGCGGGGGGACAAGGGCCGAGUGAGGGGGAGUUGGAGGAGUACCUGUUGGGGAAAAAGAGGGUGGAUCAGUUUAUUCAGAAGAAGGCGAGGGAACAGCAGGCAUCGCAGCAGGCCGAGGGAGCCGCGAAGCAUAGUGCUGGAGCCUCUUCUUCUUCUUCUGGUGGUGGAUCAUUCCAAGCUCUUGGGCAGAAUGUGAAUUCAGCAGGUGACCUAGCGGCCAAGAUUCGCGAGGACCCAAUGUUCGCUAUCAAGCAGCAGGAGCAGGCUGCGUAUCAGGCGCUGCUGAAAGAUCCGACAAGAUUGAGGCAGAUGAGGAUGGCGGCGGGCCUGGACGUAGGUGACGAAGACGAUGAGAGAAGAAAGAGAAAGGAGGAUAAGAGACGGAGGAAAGACGAGAGGGAAAAGGAGAGAGAGAGGAGGCACAAUGGUGGGCAUCGUAGUCGGCGCGAGGAUGACCACGACAGGCGCAGAAGCCCCCAUCGCUACGACGAUGACGACCGGGGGGACAGGUAUCACAGCCGACGUCGCGAAGAAGAGCGAGGAGACAGGGGAGCAGGCAGCUCGAGACGAUACCCUGACGAGAGGUCUCCUCGUGUCAAUGGGCACGACAGAAGGCCACGCUCUCCACCGCCACGCCAUCUCGAUGACAGAGAAGACCACUAUCGACGAGAUCAACGCCCUCGCAACGGCCGCGAGUACGACGAUCGCCGUCCAUAUGACGGCUACCGGAAUGGCGAUUCGAGAGGCUAUCGCAGAGAAGACGAGGAUCGUCAUCGUCCUUCGUAUCGUCGCGACGAGGAGCGUCGCCGGCCCUCUCCGCCACGACAUCACGAAGAUCGCCGCCCGCCACCUCCAGCUCGGGAACGCUCUCCUCCACGUCGACCUUCACCUCCAAUCACCUCGGGCAACGACAGCAACAGCCGACCCCUCGAGCAAAGUGCCGAGGAGCGUCGCGCAGCCGCCCUUGCCCGAAUGGAAAGCAAUGCUCGAGCGAUGCGGGAGUCACGCGAGUCCUACUUGGCAAAAGCCCGCGCAGAGGAGGAAGCAGAUGCAGAGCGUGACGAGCGACUGCGCAAGGCUGCAGAGCGACGCGCUGGUGGUGCAGCUUCGAGGGACGAGGGUGGUAUGGGUCCCGACUUCCUAAUGAGGCAAAAGAGGGAGCAGGUCAUGGGUGAUGGAGGUGCGGAUGGGAGUAGUUUGGAAGAGGCAUUGCGCAGGAGGGGGAAGCAGGGACUGCAGAGGAUGGCUGAUGAGUAGCUCCCGCAACAUCGUACGAGACGUCUCGUCCUAGUCUGGGUCUUUUAUCAAGCGUACAAUUACAUCUAAAUUGUGGAGCGAACCAG